AAAAAACCCACCAUUUGUAUUGCUUUCUUUAAAGAAAUAUUGGUCAUAAUUAAUUUUCCAUGGCCACAGCCAAAAAAUAAAAAUAGUAAUACCAUGCACACUUUACCAAUUUCGCGACUCCUUGAAUUUGCUUUGUUUUCAUUUUCAUUUGUUUUCACUCUUCCAACAGUCAAACCUCAAGCAAUUUUUUCCACCGGCAAGACUCCGAGGUUUGCGUUUUCCAUUUAAUCCUAAAUUUAGUGUGGUAGUUAACUAAUCAAUGCUUGUUUUUCAACUGUAUACUAAGAUGUUGAAUCAAAAAUCGAGGUUGUUUUGUAAAGAUGUCAGUUUUAGCAGUUCUGGGUGUUAGUUUGUGAGAGGCCUGUUUUGGGUAUGGAGUUAGUUAAUGGAUUUCGAAAGCUGUUUCAUAGUGAAAAGAAAAGAUGGGUUCUUUUAGUUGGAGUAGUUGCUAUUACUCAUUUAUUGUUUCAGUCCUUUCUGCUUCCAUAUGGGAAUGCUCUUAGGUCUUUGUUGCCUGGUGAUGAGGGUUCAAUAGGGAAUGAUAAAGAUGUGAUUUUUGGAAUACAAUCUUCAGUGAAUUCUGCAAUGGUUCGUAAUCCUCUUACCAUCAAUGCUUCUGAUAUGAGUACUAGAAAUGUAGUCAUUAAUGGGGUGCUGAAAGAUGGUAAUAGUUCUAUUGUUGGUGGAAGCGUUGGAAAUGGUGGUCGAUUAAUGGGGGAUCGCAGGGAAAUGGAGAAUGGUUUUGCGUCUGAGGGAAUGGAGUCCGAUGGUAGAAUUAAAAUUGCUAUAGAUAGAAAUAUCGAUGAUGAUUAUGCAUCUGAGAAUGCUGAAGAUCUAAAUGAGAUUUCUGUGUUGGAUGAUAUCAUUCGAGAUCAAGAUAACUCUCCUCUGGAGGAGGUUGUAGAACCUGGACAGUUGGUUUCAGCUGACAAACUUCUGGAGAAUGAUGCAAGUCAGACACCAAAAGAAUUUGGACAUGUAAGUAUUAGUUCACAAACUCCUACCUUGGCAUCACCUGUAGUAUCUUCAUUGGCAAUGGAGUCCACCAACGAAGCUGGACAUGGCUUUACUCUAGAGACGGCUGUGAAACACACCCAGGAAGUCUCAACAGGCAAACUGUUGGAGACUAAGACAAGUCAGUCGCCUAAAGAACUUGGGCAUGUAAAUAUUGCUUCACUAUCUCCUACCUUGGUGUCACCUGUAGCAUCUUCAUUGGUUAACAAGACCUAUUUGAGAAACUCCACUAAAAAUGCUGAUUCCCUUGUUUUUUUAACAUCCCUGCAAAGUGAUCAUCUGACAUCAAAAAAUAAUUCUGUAAUGAUUGCUAAGGCAGGGAGAAAAACAAUGAGAUGUGAAAUGCCACCAAAAUCAGUGACCACAAUAGAGGAGAUGAACCGCAUAUUAGUACGCCACCGUAGGUCAUCAGGUGCAAUGAGACCACGAAGGUCUUCUGUACGUGACCAAGAAAUCUUUGCCACAAGAUCGCAGAUAGAGAGUGCUUCUGUUAUAGUGAAUGAUCAAGAACUUUAUGCUCCUCUUUUUAGAAAUGUUUCCAUGUUUAAAAGGAGCUAUGAACUCAUGGAACGCACACUCAAAGUUUAUGUCUAUAAGGAUGGAAAGAAACCUAUCUUUCAUCUACCGAUACUUAAGGGAUUAUAUGCCUCAGAAGGAUGGUUUAUGAAACUGAUGCAAGGGAAUAAGCGUUUUGUUGUAAAGGACCCUCGAAGGGCUCAUCUGUUUUAUAUGCCAUUUAGUUCUCGGAUGUUAGAGUACACCCUUUAUGUACGAAAUUCUCAUAAUCGAACGAACCUACGCCAAUUUUUGAAGGAUUACACAGAAAAUAUUGCUGCAAAGUAUCCUUACUUCAACAGAACUGGUGGAGCAGAUCACUUCCUUGUUGCUUGCCAUGAUUGGGCUCCGUAUGAAACAAGGCACCAUAUGGAACACUGCGUUAAAGCUCUCUGCAAUGCUGAUGUCACUGUAGGCUUCAAAAUUGGGAGGGAUGUUUCUCUUCCAGAAACCUAUGUCCGGUCUGCAAGAAAUCCUCUUAGAGAUCUCGGAGGAAAACCACCUUCCCAGAGGCACAUUCUUGCCUUCUACGCUGGAAACAUGCAUGGGUAUCUGCGUCCAAUCUUACUGAAAUAUUGGAAAGACAAGGACGAUGAUAUGAAGAUCUUUGGUCCAAUGCCUCCUGGUGUUGCAAGCAAAAUGAAUUAUAUCCAGCACAUGAAGAGCAGCAAAUACUGUAUCUGCCCCAAAGGUUAUGAGGUCAACAGCCCAAGGGUAGUAGAAGCCAUCUUUUAUGAGUGUGUUCCUGUUAUUAUAUCUGACAAUUUUGUGCCACCAUUUUUUGAAGUUCUGGAUUGGGGUGCUUUCUCAAUAAUACUUGCGGAGAAAGACAUUCCCAACCUGAAAGACAUACUCCUCUCAAUACCAAAAGAGAGGUAUCUUGCUUUGCAACUUGGUGUCAGAAAGGUUCAACGGCAUUUUCUCUGGCAUGCUAGGCCUGAAAAGUAUGAUCUCUUCCACAUGACGCUACAUUCAAUUUGGUAUAACAGAGUCUACCAGAUAAAACUGAGGUAGGAAUUUUAAUGGGCAUUUAAAUUGUGAAGUAAUGCAACAACUUAGCGGAGAGUGGAGAUGCGAAUAUACACACUAGACCCUGAAAUAGAAUAUGGGCUGCAUCUGCCUCUACCUCCUAAUUCAUUCUGUCAAGCUGUGUAGAGCUUCUGUUUGAAUAUGAGAGAUAAGAUGAGGAGGUACUUGUAAUUGAAAUCUGAGUGCAUAGAUCAUUAGUAAAAUGUACAUCUAUUGUUGUAUCAUUUGUUAUUGUAAAAGAAGAGUAAGAUGGUUCGAUUUUCUUGGAUAUAUAUGGAACUAAUGACAUUUUUCCGA